AUGUCCUUUGGGGAGUUUGCAUCUGUAGAUGACGAUCUAUUCACAGAGAGGCAACUGACCGCCGAGGAUGCUACAAGAGAAGCACUUGAGGCAGCUAAGUCAACAGAAGACACAGAGUCUAGGGCCGAUUGUAGUGAGGUAGAAUCCGAAGAAGACGAGGUCGAGAUAGUAGAACCGCCCAAAAUACUUAGUUCCCUACAAGCGACAGAACAUGUAAGAAACUUAAGGGAUUUCGUUUUCUGUCGUCAACAGAACUGGUACAAAAUUAGAGUAUGCAUCGACAUGAGACAACCCAACAAAGCUAUACAGCUAGAGCGACACCUGACACCAAUGAUUAAAGAAGUAAUCCAAGCCCUCCACGGAGUGACGGUCUUCAGCAAGUUAGACCUUAACGAAGGCUAUAAUCAGCUAGAACUAGCACCAGAGUCAAGGAGUAUAACAACUUUCAGCACCCUGUGGCCUAAGACAUUACACAAAGACAUCCAGCAGACAGGAGAAAAGUCAUUGACCCUGGCCCACGAAGGACACCACGGUAUGGUCAAAACCAAGAAGCUGCUAAGAGAAAAAGUGUGGUUUCAUCGCAUGAACAUCAUGGUAGAAGCCAAAGUCGCAUCUUGUGGCGCGUGUCAAGUUUCCACACCCUCUACAACUCGUGAACCGUUGAAAAUGUCCCCAUUACCAGCUUCAGCCUGGAAAGAAGUGAUCAUUGAUUUCAAGCACUUAUCUGCACACGAAUACCUACUAGUUAUCACCGACGACUACUCGCGGUAUCCUGUUGUCGAAGUAAUGAAAUCGACUUCAGCAGCAACUGUUAUACCUGUAAUAGACAAAACAUUUGCUACGUUUGGGAUCACUGAAAUCGUGAGAUCGGACAAUGGACCACCAUUCAGUGGAAAAGAAUUUAAAGAAUUCGCCCAGACACUCGGAUUCAUACACCGGAAAGUAACUCCACUGUGA